UAAUUACUCUUCUCUUGCAUGAGCCCCCUCUCAAAACCUAUCACAAGAUCAUGGCAACCAGCGAGCUACUUUUGCUAAUUGCUCUUCUCUUGCAUGAGCCCCUUGCCUCGGUUGCGUCCCCGGGGUUUCGAGUCGGCCUCACCCAUGUCGAUUCAGCUCGACCGUUCGCUUUCACCGAGCGCUUCCACCGCGCCGUCCGGCGGAGCUGGCACCGGAGGGAGGUCCUGGACGCCAAGAUGAGUAGCUCCCGGAGCGGCAUCGCUGCCUCCGUCGAGUGGGGAGACGGAGAGUACCUGAUCGACCUUGCCAUCGGCACCCCGAUGCUCCCCAUCACCGCCGUCCUCGACACCGGCAGCGAUCUCACUUGGACGCAGUGCGGGCCGUGCUUCGAGUGCUUGCCGCAGCCCAGCCCCUACUACGAUCCCUCCGACUCCUCCACCUUCGCCGUGCUCCCGUGCCCCUGCCCCUCCUGCACCGGGAUCCCAACCAGGUGCACCCUGCGGCGGUGCCAUUACAACGUGACCUACGAGGACGGAACCAUCAGCCUAGGCUUCCUCGCGACCGAGGCGCUCACCUUCGGUCGCAACACGUCGGUCGCAGGCUUCACUUUCGGGUGCAGUACAAGAAACACCGGCUCGCUGUCGAACUCCACCGGCAUCGUCGGCAUGGGGCGAGGGCCGCUGUCGCUGCCAUCUCAGCUGCACCCUAGCAAGUUCUCUUACUGCCUCACUCCUUUCAACAGCUCCGCCACCGGCCAUCUCUUCCUCGGUUCCAUGGCCGACCUGGGAGGUGGCUUCGUUCACAGCACACCUAUAGUGUUAAGCCCUAACAAUUACUCCUCCAGCUCUUUCUACUACCUCUCCUUACAGGGGAUAUCGGUCGGCCACACCCUCCUUCCCAUCCCAAACACAACGUUUCAGCUAAAAGCGGAUGGGUCCGGCGGUCUCAUCGUCGAUUCAGGCAGCUCCGUAACUUCUUUGGAGGAGGCCGGGUAUGACAUCCUCAGGAAAGAGCUCAUCUCGCUAGUGCAUCUGCCGGUGGCGAAUCAGACAUCCACGGGACUUGAUCUCUGCUUCUCGUUGCCGCCGGGAUCGAGCUCCCCUCCUGCCAUGCCGGACAUGAUAUUCCACUUCGACGGUGCUGAUAUGACUAUUCCUCCAUCAAACUACAUGUAUUCCGACUUCGAGCAGGGAUUGUUUUGCUUGGUGAUCACACGCACGACUGGGACGUCGGUCCUGGGCAACUACCAGCAGCAGAACCUGCACGUCCUCUUUGAUCUUGACUCCGACGUGCUGUCCUUCGUUCCGGCGAUGUGCGAUGGACUCUGAAAUGAAACCUCGACAUAUAUGGCUGCACCGACGUGCUAUCCUUCGUUCCGGCGAUGUGUGAUGGACUCUGAAAUUAAACCUCGACAUAUAUGACUGCUUUACUUAAUAUGAGAAUAAGUAGUACUACGUGUACCAGAAUAAAUGAAACCUUAGCCUCGUGCUAAAAAUUAGUACGCUCGGAAGUUAUUUGGAUGCGUGUUCUAUGGCGCUUUACGACAACCAUUUCUGGAUCGAGUU